AUGAAUACUGAUGAUAUGACUGUUCCUGAAAGUUCUAUGACUACUCCAGAGGAGUAUAAUAGUUUGCCAAAAGCAUUUGAAGCUAGUGAAGCUAAUAAUAGUGAGAUUGUUGUUAAUGAGGUCAUUAAUAACCAAAUGAAAGCAUCCCCAUCGGAAUCAUCUUUAUCGUCAAUAAAUAGCGAUAGCUCUACUGGAAAGUUGAUAAAAAGCUUGUCUGUGGACAAAUUAAAUAACCAAGAGAAAGAAAAUGAAGUUCCCAAGGAACAAAUACAUACGUUGCCUCUUCCGAAGAACUCAAAUAAAAAGCCAAUCAAAUUCACGGUCCGUAAAGUGUCGCACGAGCCGAUAAAAAUCAGUAACAAGACUAACGAAAGACAAUUCAGUCAAGGCAAGAAGCAAUUAGUGGAGUCACAUAAGGCAUAUGAGCAUAUCAAGGCAACACAGUUAAAAUAUGAUCAAUACGUCACUCGCAUAAGCAAAAUCGAUAAAGAAAUAGAUUUUUUGGUGAAGUUAUUGCCUCCUUAUAACGUUGAGAUUGAUUACGCAACGAGAACCAAGAUAACAAAGGCUAUUGAGAAGUUAAAGAUGAAGCAAGAUGAGUUAGAUAAGAAGAAAUACAGUUUAGGUAUCACAAUUAGUAGAUUAUGGAGGGACAAUAGUGACAGUGACAUAUGGGUCAGGUCUGUCAGCAACCAAUAA